AUGAGACGAUGCGGCGAAAAGGGAGAAUUCGCCGGACUCCUCGUCACUGUCGCUGCCAAGAAUGGUUCUGAUUGUGAGAAUCAGUUCUCCAGAAGUCAAAUAAUAUCACUUCUUCGAAACCUCCAUGGAACCACAUCUUCAUCAUAUGUCCUUCAUGUCCUCCGUGAGCUCCGUGAGCUCCGUGAUCUCCGUGACCUUCAUGACCUCCAUGUUCUCCAUGAUCAUGACCAGCGUGUUCAGAUUUCUCUUCGGGUAAUGGCGCAAAUCAUGAAACGCGGAUUCGCCACGAGCGCAGCACUCGCCAAGGCUCAGCUCGUAAAGACGCCAAUCCAAGUUCAUGGAGUCGAGGGACGUUACGCCGCCGCUCUCUAUUCUGCCGGACACAAGCAAAACAAGCUUGAUCAGAUCUCCACCGAUUUGAACAAUGUCCGCGCCGUGUACAAGGACAACAAGAAGUUCCAAGAGUUCGUCCUUGACCCCACCCUCAAGGCUCUCAAAAAGAAGACCACUAUCGAGGCCGUAUCCACCAAAUUGGGACUCUCAAAAGAAACCGGAAACUUCCUAGGACUUUUGGCUGAGAAUGGACGUCUUAACAAGCUCGAAUCAGUUGUUGCUUCCUUCGAAUCUAUCAUGCGCGCCCACCGUGGAGAACUUUUCGUUCAGGUCACAUCUGCUGAAGAAUUGAGCUCAUCUAACCAGAAAGCUUUGUCUGAUGCUCUAAGCAAGAUUGGAAAGUCUGGGCAGAAGCUUACCGUCACUUACGCUGUCAAGCCAUCGAUUCUUGGAGGUCUUGUUGUUACCAUCGGAGACAAGUAUGUCGAUCUCUCGAUCGCUUCCCGUGUCAAGAAAUACAAGGAUGCCCUCUCCACCGCCAUCUAA